AUGACCAGGAUCAUUCACGACAACAACGUCUCCCUCCGCGAAGCACGUCUUCACCCGCUUCGGCGAUUAUCCGCGGCUACUCCGCCUCUUCAUUGGAGGCUCUUUUGCAAAGCUUUGGCCCAGAGCUUGAGCGAAGAUAAGAUCACGGCACAUGAGCACGGCGCCUCCGAAUGUAACGACGCACGUGAGAACGCGAAAGAGGUGGCCCGACUUCAGUUGCUAUGGCCUCAACUCUUCAAUCUGACAGUUAGACUAUCCAAAUUAGGUAUUGACGAGAACGCUCGAUUUGUAUGCUUCAUGCUGCUCAUUUCCACGUGUACGCUCGGGGAUCCCUUCCGACGCAGAAAGGAUGCCGGCAUCGACAGCAAGUGCAAGGAAGCACCCGUGGCAACAACAGAGUUUGACCUGCGUCAACAAGCGGGCUUUACCAUGGAAUAUCAAUAUCUGACCGCGUGUUUUACCGCGUUAGGCCAACGGGCCAAGUCCGGAAUGAUCCCCACGGGCCACCGGUACAUCGUCGACCUACCCAGGCGCCAUAAUGUCGGAACAGAUCUGCUGCCGGGGUUCGCGUUACUACCUACUUGA